UAUCGAUAACCAACGGCGAGCAACGCUAGUUUUUUUCUUUUCAACUUUUAAUUCUUCUCUUAAUUAAGCAAAAUAGCCAUAGUUUAUCAAAGAAAAUGACACUGUAUCACUUUGGAAAUUGCGUGGCUUUGCUGACGCCUUACUACUUCACCUACAAAUACUCUGGCCUAUCUGAAUAUGGGGCAUUCUGGAAGUGCGUUCAGGCCGGCGGUAUCUAUAUAUUCACACAACUUUGUAAGAUGCUCGUCCUGGCAACAUUCUUCUACUCGGACGCUCCAUCUUCCUCCAGUGGCGAGUUCAACUUCUUUGCGGAGAUCUUUCGUUGCAGCGUUGACAUCGCCGAUCUUCUGGGAUUUGCCCUUAUCCUAAGUCGCAUUCCCGGCAAGGGACACUCAAAACUUAUCACGGCUGGACUUGGCUGGGCCACUGCUGAGGUGAUUCUUUCCCGAGGCAUCAUGCUGUGGGUGGGAGCACGAGGAACCGAAUUCAGCUGGAUUUACAUACUGAAGUGUCUGGAGUCGAAUGUGCUGCUGGUGCAGCACAUAACCACGGCCACUCUGAUCUGGCUGUUCACCCGUCACGACCUGAACAAGGCGCUGAAACCGCUGGUUAGUCUGCUGCUGGCGGUGACUGUUUUCAAGGGCGUCUGGCUGGAGGGCAUGCUCCACAUCCUGACCAUUGGACCCUGGCUGACAGUGGCUGUGAAAGCGCUGGUGGCUGCCGUAAUUGGAUUCUGCACGCUGCACAUCUAUUCGGGUCUGGCCCAGCAGAUUGGCAUUUAAAAAACUGUGCCAAACACUUUGUAUUCCUUCUGUUUUGUAACUUGUUUAUUAUUUUGUUUGGUGUUGUCGCAGAGAGAAUGAGAUUUUGUAACAAAGACAACAAUUACGGUUUAGAGAAUUUCCCCAAAUGUUAAUGAAUUAUAGCUACGAUAACGUAAUAGUAACAAAGAUA